GUCUAGGUAGGUAGGUACGCUACGUACGUAAAUCGAAAACAUAACAUGCCUAUACGUGAACGAUUCACGGUUGUCAAAAAAGCUUGAAUGAUAUCGAGUUAGCAUUGUACUUUAGCAUAUUGAAGAUAAGAUGGCCAAAUAUAUUUCAAUAGUAUUCUUCACUAAAAAAAAAUACUCAUUCCACAAACGAAACGAUGAAAUCAAAUUGAAAACUAACGCGAAAAAAUGUCUGAAAGAAUAAUCGUUUCUGUGAAGGAAGGAAAAAUUCGCGGUGUUAAAAAAAUAUCUCCGUUCUCGGGAGCAGAAUAUUAUUCCUUCUAUGGUGUACCCUACGGGCAACCGCCGACCAAUGCAUUGAAAUUUAAAGACCCAGUAAGAGUGAAACCAUGGAAAGAUGUGUACGAUGCCACAAUUCAGAAACCAGGCUGCGUACAGUUCUCCUUGCUGUUUUGCCGAUUUAUGGGAACAGAAGACUGUCUGUUUAAUAACAUUCAUACACCAGAACUGCCAACCAAAUCCACAACUCUGAAGCCUGUCAUUGUAUUAAUUCAUUCGGGAUCAUUCCUUCAUGGUUCGCCAAAUGAUGAUCAUUUCGGCAAUCCCAGUUUUGUUAUGCACCAAGGCGUAGUAUACGUUGGUGUUGCGUACAGAUUGCACGUACUAGGUUUCUUAAACCUAGGACUGGAAGAAUGUUCUGGCAACCAAGGCAUUAAAGAUAUCAUACUGUCCCUUUAUUGGAUCAAAGACAACAUAAGCUCUUUUGGAGGCGAUCCAGAGAACGUUACUUUAAUCGGGAAUAGUAACGGAGCAGUAAUAAUUCAUAUAUUGAUGUUGUCACCAGCAGCAAAAGGUUUAUUUCAUAAAGCUGUUAUCAUGGCCGGAACUUUAUUCGAUCCCACUGGCUUUAUUCAAGAUACAAACCUAGACCGAGCUUUGGAAAUGGCACAAUUGCUAGGUUAUCGAGGAGGCAUUGAUGAUAGAAAAAAACUACUAUUAUUUUUCAAAAAGACGAAUAUUAUAUCAAUUAUUGACAGUCACAGGCAACUUCAAAAAGAAUUCCAUAAGGAUAUCGCUCCAGUACUCCCUACAGGCAUAUUUUUACCAACUAUUGAUCAAGGUAAAAACGCGGUGCUUCCGGUAUUUCCGAGAGAAUUGAUACCAUCGACAAGCCGAAUUCCGCUUAUUGUAGGAUACGGAGAUUUGGAGACUGUUUUAGGAUUUUGUCCGGGGUUUAUGAGGGAAAGUACAUUGAAAAAUAUUAAAAAGUCAAUCAGUCAAAAUAGUUGGGGAUGGGGAAGAAACCUAAGCGAUGAAGAUUUGAAACUUAUAAAUGAACAAAUUGAAUCGUUCUACUUGCAGGGAAAACCAAUAGAAAAUGCUCUGAUAUCCAAAUUGAUCGAGAUUCAAACCGGAGCAUUCAUGUCAGAUGUUUACGACACGUUAAUUAAUGUUGUCGCAUCUACUCCCGAUACACCAGUAUUUCUUUAUAGAUUUCAAUUCGAAGGAGAAAUGACCACCAUGAAAAGUAAAUUUACAAGUCUAUUCGACGAACGACUGGAAGGAACUUUCCACGGUGAUGAUUCAUCUUACUGGAGUUGUCUCGAUGAACCACGAAAUGAAAGAACGAAACAAAUGAUAGAAACGUUCACGAAAUUGAUUAGCACAUUCGCACGAACAGGCGAUCCUAAUUUUGAAAACUUGCCAGUGCAGUGGAGACCUACAAAACCUGAUUCGCCAUGUUAUCUGAGCAUAAAUAAUAAUCUGGAAGUGGUAGACAACCGGUUUCAUAAUGAAAAAUUCGAGUUUUGGGACAGAAUUAAAAAACAAUUCUCAAAAAACAACGAAUAAGAAAGUAUUAUAAAUCGCUUUGUAGAAAAUUUUAGAAAAUUUCAA